GGCCCUGAGGGUAUUAUCCGAUAUAUUUAUAGCCAGCCAGCGGUAGCAGCAGUAUAGUAGCUCUUUCUUCAUGGUCAGCUCCUCUGCUAAACUCUUUUGAGUGAAUGUGUGUGCUUUAAUUGUGUGAACGAUAAUCAAAAUGCCGCUGCUGGCUAAGGCUCCUCCUAUAAACUUGUCAGAACGCCUCAAUCUCACCUGCUGCUGCUAUUCGCCUCCUCCUCCUCCUCUUCCCUUCCACAGUUUCUGCUCAAGAAAUGGAAAUGGAAAAGGAAACCUUUUCAUCUCUCAGUUUCCGCAGAGACGGACUAGAGUUGGAGUUGUGAUCAGAGCUGGUUAUAGUCGGAGGCCCAUGGAUACUCCAGGAGCUUAUCAGCUCAUCGACGACGAGACAGGUGAAAAGGUCAUCGUUUGGGGAGGAAUCGACAACGCUCAUGAUCAAUCUCCUAUUCCUUCCAAGGAGGUUCUCUCAUGGAGUAGGAGAUCAACCACCACCAACGACAACAACACCACCACCAACCCAGCAUUUAACAGGGGAUUAACAGGAAGUUUUGGAAGACUAAAAGCUCAGAGAGUAAGAGAUCUUGUCAAACGAACUUAUCGGACGAAGCAAGGUGUCAACAAGCUUGAUUCUGAUGGACUUAUUGUAGAAGAUGCUGCUUCUCACAGAUCUAUCGAUUCACACUCAGAACCUGAAUUCUUGGAGAAACAUAAGAGAUUAGAUGUUCCUAAAGAUGGAAAAAAUGUUUUAAGAGCCUCCCUAUUGCAAGAAACCAAAGAUAUGAUGCAAAAAGUCAUGACAGGAAAAGAGUUGGACCACUCCAAGAUAUCUAUAAAACAUGGAGUUGAACAAUUGUCGAAUUAUCAAACUACAGCAACAGAAUCUCAAGAGUUUGAUAAUCAAAUGAUAGAAGCAGAUGCUUCUGUUUCAAGAGUUUCUGCGGCUUCCUUAAGAGGAUGGGGUAAUGGAGAGUCAAUAAAGAACCUAAGGUCUAAGCAAAUGGACAAUUUAAGCCAAGGGCAGAAAUUGACAGCUGACAAUGAUUUUUUUAGUAGAAAGUCCUUUAGAGAUCUGGGGUGCAGUGACUACAUGAUUGAAUCUCUAAGGGGUCAGCUUUUCUUGCACCCUUCGCGUAUUCAGGCUAUGGCAUUUGCACCUGUUAUUGGGGGAAAGAGCUGUAUUAUAGCUGAUCAAAGUGGAUCUGGAAAAACUUUGGCAUAUCUUAUACCAGUAAUUCAGCGUCUUAGGCAAGAAGAGCUCCAAGGAAUUGGCAAAUCUUUAUCACAAAAUCCUCGAGUUGUUAUAUUGGUGCCAACUGCUGAGUUAGCUUCUCAGGUUCUAAGAAAUUGUCGAUUAUUGUCAAAGUUUGGUGUCCCAUUCCGCUCUAUGGUUGCAACUGGUGGUUUUCGACAGAAGACUCAAUUGGAGAAUCUUCGGCAGCAAUUAGAUGUUUUAAUAGCUACACCUGGUCGUUUUAAGUUCCUAAUUAAAGAAGGCUUCUUGCAGUUAACAAAUCUUAGAUGUGCUAUUUUGGAUGAAGUUGAUAUACUCUUCAAUGAUGAUGAAUUUGAGCCAGCAUUACAAUGUUUAAUGAACUCUUCGCCUGUUACCACACAAUAUCUUUUUGUGACUGCAACUUUACCUGUAGACAUAUACAACAAGCUAGUUGAAGGUUUUCCUGAUUGUGAAGUAAUCAUGGGACCUGGUGUGCACCGUACAAGCUCAGGCCUUGAGGAGUUGAAAUUAAUAAUCAGGCUGCAUGUCCAGAUUCUUGUAGAUUGCAGCGGAGAUGAUGGAACAGAAAGAACUCCUGAUACAGCAUUUCUCAACAAGAAGUCCGCUCUUCUGCAGCUCCUGGAGGAAAGUGCUGUCGCCAAAACAAUUGUUUUCUGUAACAAGAUUGAGACUUGCAGAAAAGUUGAAAAUGCAUUGAAAAGGUUUGAUAGAAAAGGUCUUCAUAUGAGAAUUUUACCAUUCCAUGCUGCUGUGGCACAAGAAUCACGGAUUGCAAAUAUUGAGGAAUUCCACAGUUCUAAGCGGAGGGACAGCUCCUUGUUUCUGGUGUGCACUGAUAGGGCAUCCCGGGGAAUUGAUUUCAGAGGCGUGGAUCAUGUUGUACUGUUUGACUUUCCUCGUGAUCCAAGUGAAUACGUACGCCGUGUUGGAAGAACUGCCAGAGGUGCCGGAGGAAAGGGAAAGGCAUUUGUUUUUGUUGUUGGUAAGCAAGUUUCUCUUGCACGGAGGAUAAUCGAAAGAAAUAAAAAAGGUCACCCAUUGCAUGAUGUGCCAUCUUCCUAUGAAUGGAUUUGAGUUUUGCUUUGCAUCUUUUAGAUGGGAACAAGGUAAUAUGGGGACUGAAGUAUCCAUCAUGUUGAAGGAUUUCAAUGAGUAGAAGGUUAUCAUGUAGCUUUUUGAUUCAGUAGCUGUAUCUUUUUAGCUGUCAUUGCUCCUUAGUUGCUCUUGAAGAUGGAAAUUCAUGGCUCUCUACAUGUGGUUUUUACCAACGAAAAAAAAAAAUCAGUGGCUCUAAGGGAAUUAUAAUAUAAAAUUCAGUGAAAAGUUCAUUUUUAGUGGAGGAAUUUAUAUGAAGCAUCAUUUUUUGCUGUGCUUAUUCUGUAUAAUAAAGGUAAGUUGUUCGGGGUUGCA